AUGGGUUGGGGUUCAUCGACAUGCCCAUACACCGGUGGCGUUGGUUGGGUAGAGGAACCAUACAUAUGCACAGCCCCAAUAAAGUACAAGUAUGCAAAUGAUUCUAAUCCAGAAUAUAAAAAGACUGGGAAAGCUAUUCUGAAGUUCCAGUUAAUCAAUCAACGUGCAGAUUUCUCCUUUGCACUAUUUUCUGGUGGAUUAUCAGAUCCUAGACUUGUGGCAGUUUCCAACUCCAUAUCAUUUGCAAAUCCUAAGGCUCCUGUGUAUCCACGCCUUGCUCUAGGAAAGUCUUGGGAUGAAAUGACAAUUACAUGGACAAGUGGAUAUGAUAUAAAUGAAGCUGUGCCUUUUGUUGAGUGGGGUCUUCCAGAAGGAAGUCAAACACGAUCUCCUGCUGGAACAUUGACAUUUAAUCGUAACAGCAUGUGCGGUGAACCUGCACGAACUGUUGGCUGGCGUGAUCCUGGUUUUAUACACACAAGUUUCCUAAAAGAUUUGUGGCCAAAUUUUAGGUACACAUACAGGUUGGGACAUAAGUUGGCUGAUGGUUCUUACGUAUGGAGUAAGAAGUAUUCGUUCAAGGCAUCCCCAUAUCCUGGUCAAAACUCUUUGCAACGUGUUAUCAUAUUUGGUGACAUGGGAAAGGCUGAGCGUGAUGGUUCAAAUGAAUAUGCGAAUUAUCAACCUGGUUCACUGAACACCACUGACCAACUCAUCAAGGAUUUGAACAAUUAUGACAUUGUUUUCCACAUAGGAGAUAUGCCUUAUGCAAAUGGAUACAUUUCUCAGUGGGAUCAAUUCACAGCUCAAGUGCAAAUAAUUUCAUCAACAGUACCGUACAUGAUUGCAAGUGGAAAUCAUGAACGUGAUUGGCCAAACACAGGAUCAUUUUAUGAUACUCCAGAUUCAGGUGGAGAAUGUGGUGUUCCUGCAGAAACCAUGUACUAUUUUCCUGCUGAAAAUAGAGCCAAAUUCUGGUAUAAAGCAGAUUACGGCCUAUUUCGCUUUUGCAUAGCAGAUAGUGAGCAUGACUGGAGAGAAGGAUCAGAACAAUACAAAUUCAUUGAACAUUGUCUUGCAACAGUAGAUAGAAAACAUCAACCGUGGCUAAUCUUUUCAGCUCACCGUCCCCUUGGGUACUCCUCUAACCUUUGGUAUGGAAUGGAAGGCUCAUUUGAAGAGCCAAUGGGAAGGGAAAGUUUGCAGAAGCUUUGGCAAAAAUACAAAGUAGACAUUGCAUUUUAUGGUCACGUCCAUAACUAUGAAAGAAUAUGUCCCAUUUACCAGAAUCAAUGUGUGAAUUCAGAAAAGCAUCAUUACUCUGGCACUGUGAAUGGAACAAUUCAUGUUGUUGUUGGUGGAGGGGGAAGUCACUUGUCUGACUUCACCUCAGCACCCCCUAUCUGGAGUAUUUAUAGAGACCGUGACUAUGGAUUUGGCAAACUAACGGCAUUCAAUCAUUCAUAUCUCUUGUUUGAGUACAAGAAAAGUAGUGAUGGAAAGGUCUACGACUCCUUUACCAUUUCAAGAGACUACAAAGAUGUUCUAGCUUGUGUGCACGAUGGUUGUGAGAAAACCACUCUAGCAACUUGA